CGAAGAAAUUCCGAGGACAGACUGCAAGUCCUUAGUCCAGACGCAAAGCCCUGUUAGACUAGAGAGUGAGCACAGUGCAAGAGAAAAAGUAGACAGAAGGGUUUAGGUCAAGCAGGUUUCAGUAAAUGUAGAAUAGCUAGAAAAAGUAAAACAAGGGAUAAAUUAACAGAGAGCAGGAGAAAAAGAGAGAGAAAGAGAGAUAGAGUUGUGAAAGAAUGGGCUCUCCAGUGAUCCAUGUGAUUCUUCUCACUAUACUGGUUCAUCUUUCUGGCAUGCAGAGUCAAGAGCUGCAGUAUGAAGAUACUCUAUGCAGCGAGAACAGCUGUUUGGUCAUUUACUUUCAGCGCAAAAUCUUCUUGGAUGCCUGGCGCAGCUGCAGAAAACAGGGUGGCAACCUUGUCACCAUCAAGAGUCCAGAAGAGGCACAACAAAUAGAGACUCUCUUCUCUAACCUGGACCUGACGGAAAGUAGCCACGUGUUUGUGUGGAUUGGUUUGCAAAGGCAGCCCCGUAAGUGUGCUGCCAGCCGCCCCAUGAGAGGCUUCUCCUGGAUUACUGGGGAGCAAGAUACACAGUACACCAACUGGCAGCAAGAGGACUCUUCAAACACCUGUUCAGUUCCACGUUGCGUGGGCAUAGGUUACAGUACCUCCACUCAAAAAAGCCAAGACAACUUUAAAUGGAAAGAUGGACCUUGCUCAGUCCCUGUGGAUGGCUACUUGUGCAGGUACACUUUCUCUGGCAUGUGUAAAGCUAUUUCAAAUGAAGGGUUUGGAAAUGUGCUGUACACGACCCCAUUUGACCUUGUCACAUCGCUCUUGACUCACAUUCCAUUUGGGUCAAUUGCCACUGUACCCUGCUUAACUAAAAGUGACCAAACAGUACUGUGUACUCAAAGAGAGGAUGGAACUGUUGGUUGGAACAGAGAUUCUCCAUACUGCUCUGAUAUUUCCAAAGCUAGCUGGUGUGAUAAGGAUAAUGGUGGCUGCCACCAUUACUGCAUAGAGGAUGACAAUGACUACUAUUGUGAGUGUAAAGAAGGCUUUCUCUUGGCUGAAGAUGGAAUGAGCUGCUUUCAAACAGACCCCUGUCAAGGGUCUCCCUGUGAAUAUGAGUGUCUGACAGUGAUGGACAGUUAUCGCUGUGCCUGCCCUGAUGGCUACAUGUUGGCACCAGAUGAGCAAGGUUGUCUAGAUGUCGAUGAGUGCUUGCAGAGUCCAUGUGAACAGAUCUGUAUAAAUGCACUAGGCAACUUUGAGUGUCACUGUCAUGAUGGCUAUAAAUCUAACGAGGAGGGCACUUGUGAGGAUGUAGAUGAGUGCGCUGAGUCUCCAUGUGAGCAUGGUUGUGCGAAUGUAGUAGGUUCUCAUGAAUGUCAUUGUCAUUAUGGCUUUGCUCAACUUCCAGGGGAUCCAAGUCGCUGCUACGAUGUUGAUGAAUGUCAAAUUGAGGGAACUUGUGAACAAAUGUGUAUAAAUUCAAUUGGUGGAUUUGAAUGUUACUGUAAUGAAGGUUAUGAUCUCCAAAGUGACCUUUAUUCAUGCAGACCCAGUGAUGAGCAGCAACCCUCCACAGUACCUACAUCCAUCAUCUUGAUCACAGAGCUUACUAAUCAUACGACAGAACUUGAUGAACAUCAAGACCUUGAUUACGAAAAGCUAACUGAAAACGAACCUCUGGAUUGGCUUACCGAGCUUCCUAAUUUAGCGAUGGUUCCUAAUGACCUGCUGUGGCCCACUAGUGCUACCCAGGAGGUGACUGAAACCACGUCACCAACCGAAAGCCCUACUAGCCUCAUGAACAUGGAAUUGGAUUACAUAGACCAACAAACAGUUGCUAUGGAUGCGUUUGUAUCUUCCACCAAAAGCCCUUCUAGCCACAUGAACAUGGAAUUGGAUUACAUAGACCAACAAACAGUUGCUAUGGAUGCGUUUGUAUCUUCCACCGAAAGCCCUUCUAGCCUCAUGAAUAUGGAAUUGGAUUACAUAAACCAACAAACGGUUGCUAUGGAUGCGUUUGUAUCUUCCACCACUUCAACUCCAUUGUCUGAAUAUUACGAGGAGGAGAGUACCACAGAAUUCACAGUUUUCCUCACCACUACUGUAGCAGGCGGUGCUUGGAAAUGGAUGUGGUUCAGUCCUAGCCCAAAUGAGCUUGACAAAGAGGAAAGUCCUUUCAUUACUGAAGCAGAGUAUGAAACUUUUGAGCCUUAUCUUGAUAAUGGCAUUCAUGAUUAUGAAUCUACAUCCUCUAACACUGAAUUACAAACACUUACACAGACCCUCCUAUCUGCUCCGGUAGUUAAGGAUGGCAGCAGCAAUGAACAGAAUCAGGGCAGCAGCUGGUUGCUGGUAGGAUUGUUGGUACCACUCUGCAUCUUUAUUGUGGUUAUGGUGGCACUUGGUAUCAUCUACUGUACUCAAUGCAGUAACUCUAAGCCACAGAACAAAAAUGCCACUGAGUGUUACCACUGGAUUGCUGGUGCUGGUGAUAAAGCAGCUGCUGAUAUGACAAGCAGUGGUCCAACAAAGGUGUAACCAAACUGUGCAAGGACAAACAAAUGACAGAUGUACAGAAACAUUUUUGAUGUAAUUACAGCACAUGGUAGGACAAGGAAAUUAGAUGAAGAACCAUCUUGUAUCAAUACAAUCCUCGAUUAUUAAUGGUGGAUUACAUGGAAUAUCUGUCAGUGAUAAGACAGGGGAAAUGGGAGGAACUGGGAAGCCCCUAGCACUGUUUCUCUGCUGUAUUUUACUGAAAGAAAUAAAGAUCCCGUUAUUUUCUUUCUUAGCCGCGCCACCUUACCUGUGACAUGGUUGCUAAACCGUUGCAAUGUACAGUAGCAGCCACAAGAUCAGAGCUAAUGUGAAAAGACACUGUAGCCAUGUUUCACAUAUUUAUUUUACUUUUUUAUUGUUUGAAGCAUCAUUUUAAUCAGAAUAUUGUUUGUGCCUCACAGCAGCCUCAAAGAAGUGUAAUUUUUGUGAAAGUA